AUGGAGAAGGGCAAGGAUGGGAUGAUGCCAGUGGUGGCACCAUUAGAUAAUGCGGCUGCUGCACAGAUAAUUUGUCGGUUCUAUCAGUACGGUACCUGCCGGUUCGGUAGUUCCUGUCGGUUUAUUCAUCCCGCACCUGAACCGUCUGUACUUGGUACGCACGGUAGCAGCUGUAGCAGUAGCAGCAGUAGCAGCAACAGCAGCUUCGUAACAGCGACCGAAAGCAGUCCGAUCGAUGGUGGUAAGGCGCUGGCGGGCAAAAAGGACGAAUCAGUUAAAGAUACCAAGCUAAAGUCAUCAACGUCCGAUUUGUCGCGCUGGAUCGAUGCACCCGUGUUUGUGCCCAAGUCACAGUUGUCCGUAAAACCGCCACGUAAGCAACAGCGUAAGACCGCGGACGUGAAGGUGGUGUCCGAGGAGAAAGAAGAGGAAGCCGAGGAUAAGGAACCAGAGUUAGAUGAUGACGAGCGAAAAAAUGAGGCUGACAAUGAAGCGGACAACGAGGAGGAGGAACAUGAGGAUGGUGCUGUUGGGUACGCCACAUCGUCACUGCUAUCCUACGCUAACGUCGUGACAAUGAACAACAAUCACAACGGCAAGGAUACGAAACGAACGCCCGGCCAGCGGGAGUUUUGCCUUCAAUAUGAAAAGUUCGGCAUGUGUUUGGUGAGCGGCUGUACGUAUGUGCACGGUGAGCUGUGUGAACUGUGCCAGAGGUAUUGCCUCGAUCCGCUCGAUAAGGAGCAGCAGCGUCGCCAUAAUGCCGAUUGUAUCCGGGAGCAUGAGCUUGAGAUGGAGCAUGCCUUUGCGGUGCAGCGCUCGCGCGACAAAACCUGUGGCAUCUGUCUGGAGGUGGUAAUGGAGAAACGGGCUCGAGAGCAGCGGUUUGGCAUAUUACCGAACUGUAAACACACAUUCUGUCUCAUCUGCAUCCGCACAUGGCGCAAGGCAACCAACUUUGCUAACAAAAUUAAAAGGAGUUGCCCUACCUGCCGCAUACCGUCUGACUUUGUCUGUCCGAGCUUUGUGUGGGUGGAGUGUGGUGAGGAGAAGGAACGCCUAAUAAAAAAUUACAAACAAGCGUGCAACAAUACGGACUGUAUGCACUUCAAGAAGGGUGCCGCCAACUGCCCGUUCGGUAACAAAUGUUUCUACAGGCACGCGCUACCAUCCGGCGAGCUGGUCGAUCUCGGUGCACCGUCCCGCAGGCGCAACCCGCACCGGGGCCGGGACCGUGAUAUGGACCAUGCUGAUGCGCUGCAGCUGCAGGAGAUCUUUGCGAGUCUGCUGCCCAGCAGCUGGGUACUGGAGGAGUAUAUGACGUCAUUGUUCUCCGAGCUGGACGAAUCGGAAGACGAUUUGGAGAUCUUUUCUGGCCGGGGUGGUUACUACCCGUCCGAUUCCUCCGACUACGAGAACGAUUAUAUGUUCAGCCUAAGGUGA